AUGACGAAACGACUUAAUUUACCAUACACUACGCAGGACCUAUUCCCUCAAUCAGCUCCAUCUACAAAGCAUGGCUCCAUGCGAGCUGGAUCGAUUACUUCAACGCCAUCAUCGCUAUAUAUCCCUCGCCCAACAUUUCAUCACAACUCCACGUCAUUCAAGUUUAAAAAUAAAUUCAAAAAUGUGAAAACUAUGGUCAAAAGGUUAUUCAAACCAAGCACAUUGGAUUUUGAAACGGCGAUAUGGGAGAUCUUUCAUCUAAUUAUUAACCCAAAGAAGAUGUAUCGUUCGCAUUAUUACUAUCGACAACAGCAACAACAACCCGAUGGAAAGACAUCAUAUACUAGAGACGACCCUUCAUUUCUAAUUUUAGUUACCGGAUUUCUCUCGCUGAGUGCAAUUGCAUGGGGUUUGGCCUAUUCGCCUACCAUAUUGGACAUCUUUAAGUUGGUCUUGUACAUGGUGGUGGUCGACUUUUAUCUCACGGGGAUUGUUAUUGCAACCUUGACAUGGUUGGCGACCAAUAGGUUAUUCAAUCUAGAAGUAGGGUUGAACAAGUACAGUGCCAACUACAUUGAAUGGGGCUUUUGUUUUGACAUUCAUUGCAAUUCAUUUUUGAUCAUUUGGUGUUUAUUAUAUGUUGUCCAGUUUAUUUUAUUGCCGAUAAUUAGAAUGAAGAAAUCGAUUAUAGCAUUGGUAUUAGGCAACUCGCUAUAUUUUGGAAGUAUCGGGUACUACUUUGUCGUCACAUUCUACGGAUUCAACUCGUUGCCAUUCAUUUCAUCAAACGUGGUAAAACUGAACGAUCGCAAUCCCGCUAGAGUGUUACAAUUGAUUGUUGUCGCUGGAAUAUUGCCUCUUUUGGCUAUUGCGUGGCUCAUUACACUCCUACUCAGAUUCAAUGUUGCAGCCAAAUUGGUCGAAUCUUACUUUAACUAG